AACGGGCGCGGAAGGAUUGUGAAUGCCAUUCUCAACCCGUGGGACAAGCUGCGAGAUCUGCACCAGCUCUCCCGCCUGGCCAACGGCAACAACUUCGAGUCGUUCAUGAAGGAGAUGAUCAACUACCGCAUCAACAUCUUGAUGACGGACUACCAGAGCGAAGUCAACUCCCUCGAUUGGGCCCGCGUGCUGAACCGGCUCAACUGCAACGAUGCUCGGGAGUACCGUCAGAUCGACUGCCCCGUUUGGAAAAAGGAGGGGUCGUGCGCCAACAAUGUGACUGUCCAGCAGCUCUGCCCCUUGAGUUGUAACGCGUGCAACUGGACCCGCAAGCCCGGUGAUAAAUGCGUCAACAACACCCAGUGUCUGUUUGGCGUCUGCAACCAGCAAGCCGGGAUCUGUCUCAACGACAGCCCUGGCGGUUCCGGCGACGCUUGCGGAGUCGACUCGCAGUGUUUGAGCGGGAGCUGCUCCAACUUUGCGUGUACCGCGCCUGUCGAGCGGCACCCAAGCAACCGCGGCAAUCGUGGGAGGAUGGCACUCGUGGAAUAA